ACUAGAUACUAGUCGGUGCCAUGUCGUCCGCUGCCCUGGGACGUCUUUAGCCCAGCCGAACUCGGCGCGCGUUUAAUGAGCUCUUGCGGCACUGGUCUUUGGGUUGCGACAGAUUUAUAUCGAGAUUUAUAUCGCUUUUUCCUCGACGUUCUCAUUCCAUUCUUGUCAAUUUCGCAAAAAGUAAGGGAGCUUCGACCAUGUCGCCUGCGGUGAACGCGGAGGGGAGGCUGCGGUGCGAGAGGAUCGGGUGUGACGCGUAUUUCGCGGAGGACGAGAACGACGAAACGAGCUGUCGCUAUCACCCCGGGGUAAUACGGUGGAGCGAUCGAUACUGAUGUAGUGGGUGCACGCUCAGGCUCAUGCCGCCUUUUGCGGCUCUCUGACAGCUGUCGGUUACUCCUAGUAGCGCGUUGACGAGGAAUUCCUUUCGGACACAGUGUGUCGUGCCGCCGUCGCCCACCAUUUUGAUUCAUCUUCCCCGUAUGCACUGCGUAAGCACUUGAAUGGUAUGAUGCCUAAUUACUUGAACCCUCUCCAUUUCUCCUCUUCCCAUGCCUUGUCAUAGUACCGGGCUAUGCUGCCGAUGCGACACGCUCUGCGGCAUGGUCGCCAGCGAUGGCUGGCAUAAUAAUUCCUUCAUCACUCAGACUUAUGCUUGAUAUUUGUAUCAUAUGGUUGAUAGUUGUAUCAUAGGGUUGAUAUUUUUAUCACGUGGUUGAUAUUUCCCGUCGCCCAACAUGACUCCUCCGCUUUCUCCAAUUCCCCUGCCCCUCCAUCACCAUUGCUCGUACCAGCUGUGCUGGCAUCAUGCGCAGCUCACCAUUGAGUCUGUCUGUGACUCAAUUGACAAAAAAAUCUCCGUUUUCUCCUAUUCCCCGGCUCCUGCUCCCCCAUCACCGUUGCUCUCCUACCGGCUGUGCUGGCAUGCACGGCGCUGCCGUGGUCGCUGAACAAUGGCUGACGACACGUCGACCUCGAUUGUCGCAACAUCACCGCGAAUUCGAUUAGCCGCCCAUCUUUCAUGAUGGCACCAAGGAGUGGAUGUGCUGCCACAAGCGGAGCCACGACUUCUCACUCUUCCUCUCCAUCCCAGGGUGCAAGCAAGGCAAGCACACCACAGAGAAACCAAAACCACUCACCCCCGCAGCACCAUCGCCAGCACCAGUAAAACCAUCACCAGUGCCAGCAGCAGCAGGAGCGACAGCAGGUGUUUCAGCGGACAAGUCAGCAGUACCAACACCAGCAGCAUCAGCUGCACAAUCGGCUUCAUCGUCAUCGCCAUCACAUCAACAGGCAGCGUGCAAUCGGUGCUCUCAAGGCUUCUUCUGCUCCGAGCAUAGCGCACGCCAAGCCUCCUCUGCAGCCACGCCCCCUCAGUCCUCCCGCCCACCCUCAUGGGACAUCAACGCGGAGCGCACCUGCGGCAACAAGGGGUGUGGGGCCAAGUACCGGGAGAUUGACAACUCUGAUGGCGCGUGCAAGUAUCAUCCGGGGCCUGCUGUAUUUCACGACAGAAAGCGAGGGUGGCAAUGCUGCGGAGUAUUUGUGAAUGACUUCAACGAGUUUCUUGCUGUUCCAACCUGUGCCACUGGUUGGCACAAUGAUGAGGUGUAGACUGGACGAUGAAGGUAUUGUAUUCCACAAGGCAGCAAGGGCAUAGGUAACUUUGAUAUCACAAAACCUUCAUAGCGUAGUGGCAUUAAGCUAGUUGUGCCAUAUCGAAAAGUUAAAUCCAACCCUAAAAACUAGCCCGUUGUUGGGUUGAUAAUAGCCCUAGGAUCUUUUUAGAAUGCCAAGUCCUUAUAACCGAGUGCUUGAUAGCACAGCGGAAGUCUUCAGUUGAACCCUUGUACUGGUAUAUGAGAACAAGUGAUUGAUUAUAGCAAAG